AUGGCGUCUUCCGAUAGCGGAAAGGAGCUGAUUCUAUAUCACUACUCCUAUUCGCCCUACGCGCGCCGCGUCAUCUGGUAUCUCACUCUGCGCGGCAUCCCGUACUUACAAUGCGUCCAACCGCCCAUCUUACCACGCCCGGACGUUGCCUCCCUCGGCAUAUUCUACCGCCGCAUCCCGCUCCUCGCCAUAGACGGUGACGUCCUCCUCGACACCCGUCUCAUGCUCACUGAGCUCGAGGCUCUGUUCCCCGAACUGCCCCGCCUUGGCACCACGCCCGACUCGGCGCCAGAGCUCCGCGCCCUCGAGCGGCUCCUCUCCACCUUCACGACCGAGACGAGCCUGUUCUCCACCGCCGCCAGCCUGCUCCCUACCGACAUCCUCUCCAGCGCCUGGUUCCGCGACCGCGCCCAGUUCUCCGGCCCCAGCGCCAACCCGCCGAGCGAGCAGCGCGUCCGCGAGAGCAUGGCCGCCGGCCGUCCCGCCGCCGAGGCCGAGAUCGCCCGCGCCCUCGACUUCCUGGAGCACAUCCUCCUCGCCGACGGCCGGGUGUGGGUCCUCGGCCCCGGCGCCGGCCCGACGCUGGCGGACAUUGAGGCCGUCUGGCCGUUCCACUGGCUCUACGAGCUGCCCGGCGCGCUGGCGCCCGAGCGCUUCGGCGAGGUGCGCUACCCCCGUGUUCACGCGUGGAUCGCGCGCUUCCAGGCCGCUGUCGCGGCGGCGAAGAAGCGCGGGCCCAAGACGCCCAAAGUCUCUGGCGAGGAGGCGGCGAAACGGAUCGCGGCCGCGCCGACGACGGACGCCGGCGGCGUUGAUGCGAGCGAUCCGGUGGCGGUCCGCGAGGGGCUGAAGGCGGGAGACCGCGUCGUGGUGUGGCCUACCGACACGGGGUCGACGCACAAGGACGCCGGCACGCUGGUGGCCCUUGACAGGACCAAGGUCGUCUUCACGGUGGAGGGCCAGCAGGGCGCGAAGACCAGAGUGCAUGCGCCUCGUCAUGGGUUCAAGGUCAAGAAGGUGAAGGCAGAGGGCCACGCUGGUGCGAAACUCUGA